GAGGGUCCGGCGGGGCGGGCGGUGCCUCCCCCGCGGCGGCGGCUCGGGGCGCCUGGGCCGCGCUCCGUACGGCAGCUGCCGGCGGGCAAUGGGGGGGAAGAGCUGCCGCCUCGCCGUCCUGACCCUCGCCGUCCUGCUCCUGGCCGCCGCCACGGAGGGUGCGGAGCCGCCGCCGAGCUGCGAGGCGGUCCGGAAAGUUUUCCAGCUGCGGCGGCUCGGCCCGCUCGGCGGCGUCCCGGAGUCCCCGCGGGCAGGUGUUGAUCUCCAGGUUUGUACUUCUAAAAGUCCAACAUGCUGUACCAAAAAGAUGGAAGAAAGGUAUCAGACUGCAGCAAAGCAAGAUAUACAGCAAGUGCUCCAAACAUCAAGCGCUGCAUUGAAAUUUUUGAUAUCUCGUAAUGCAGCUGCUUUUCAAGAAACCUUUGAAAUGCUUAUCAGACUGGCUGAGAAUUACACAAGCACACUUUUCUGCAAUGCCUAUAGAACCAUGGCUGCUGAGGCUACUGUGCAUGUGCAGGAGUUUUUCACAGAAGUUGGACUCUUCUUAUUUGGCACAGACGUCAGCACAGAGGAAUUUGUGAACAGAUUUUUUGACACCCUGUUUCCAGUAGUCUACAACCAUGUGAUUAACCCUGGUCCGACUGACAUCUCCCUGGAAUAUGCGGAGUGCCUCCGAGUGGCGAGAAGAGACAUCAAGCCCUUCGGCAACAUUCCCGAAAAGGCCAUAGCGCAAAUGGGAGGAUCACUCUUACCCAGCAGGACUUUCUUGCAGGCUCUGAACUUGGGGAUUGAAGUGAUCAAUACAACAGAUCACCUACACUUCUCUAAAGCCUGCAGCAGAGCUCUGCUGAGAAUGCAGUACUGCCCGCACUGCCAGGGGCUGACGCUGAGCAAGCCCUGCAUGGGCUACUGCCUCAACACCAUGCGAGGCUGCCUGGCUGCUGUGGCAGAAGUUGAUCUCCACUGGCAGGGCUUUAUCCAGGCCCUGGAGGAGCUCUCAGGAGCCCUGAGCGGAGCUCACAGCAUUGAGCACGUGCUGCUGAACUUCCAUUCCCUUGUUCGUGAUGCCCUGGGACAGGCUCGGAUCAAGGGGCCGGAAUUGUCGGAGCAGGUGAAUAAGAUAUGUGGUCCUCCUGUAAGGAAGCCUAAAGAGUCUCCAGGUUGCUCCUUUGAUCAGAAAAAAGAUAAUCAAGGGUUGAAGAUGUUCUCCAGAGACAGCGAAGAAACAUUUGCCCACAGAAGAAAGGAAUUUGUCAGCCACCUCCGGCUCUACAGAGCCUUCUACGGCAGCCUGGCGGAUCAGCUGUGCGGGAAUGAGCUGGCAGCUGCCGAUGGGCUCCCCUGCUGGAAUGGAGAAGAUGUAAUAAGAAGCUAUACACAUCCUGUGGUUGGCAGUGGAAUCAAAGCUCAGUCUGCAAAUCCAGAAGUACAGGUGAAGGGAACAGAUCCUGUAAUAAGUCAAAUUAUUGACAAGCUGAAACAUAUUAUUCAGCAGUUGCAGGGCAAAUCAUUUCCAAGAUGGGAUCUCCAACAAACAGGCAGUGGUGGAGGUGUAGAUGAACAAAUCAGUGGUGAUUGUGAUGAUGAAGAUGGUUGCGGAGGAUCUGGAAGUGGAGAAUUCAAGAGAGUCCUGAAAAUUACAGACCGGAUGCCAGACAAGAGGAACCUCAGUGACGUAAAGCAAAUCCAUCAAAUCAACGAUGGCAGCACUUUAGGCACAGCUGGAGCAGGAUGUACAGCAAUGGCCGAUUAUAUGACAUUUAUGCUGAUCAGUUUGGUAACACUGUUUCUCAGUCUUUGGUAACUGCUUAUUUCUGGCUUGGUAUAUGUGUCUCAUUGUCAUCUAUUUAUCCCCACUCACAAGCCUGGAAUAAGGGAUCUGGUGAAUAUAGCAAUAUUUACAGUAUCUUGUAUAAGAUCAACCACUGAUUGUAGCCCUCAAGAUUAACAAAGAGUUUUGUGUAAUAUUUUACCAGUGUUUUUUUUAAACACAUGUACAGUCAUAAAAGGUUGUGUUUUCUUUUUUAAUACUUUAUGUUGAAAAUAAGUUGUUUAUGAUAAUUGUCUUAAAAGCAAUUUGUAAAAAAAAAUAGAGUGUUACCAAGUUUGACCAGGUCCCUGAAGAUCAUCUAGACCAACCCUGUGCUCAUAGCAGACUCACUGCAUGCAAGUUUCCUAAGGUCAAGUUUGGUUUGUAUUGGAAUGUCUCCAAGGAUGGAGACUCCACUGACUCCCUGGGCUAACUGUUCCAGUGCUUGAGCACUGCUAGCAGACAGUUUUUAGCUAUUGUCUUUCAAUUUGUGCCCCUUGCCCAUUGUGCCCAUUGAGUCCUGUCAUGGCACCAUGGACAAGAGAUUGGCUCCAUCUUCUUUCCUCCCUUUAUCAGGAAUUUAUACAUUUUCAAAAGAUUCUGCUCUGCAUCUUCUCCAGGCAAAAUGGACCCAGCUGCCUCAGCCACUCCUUGUAUAAGAUUUGUUCCCAUACCUUAAA